GGAGAGGUCCGUCCACAAGAAAAUGACAAUGAUAAAAAAGUAUAAAAAGGAUUCCGAAGACUGUCUGACAAUUUGCUUGAAGUAUUUGCUGUUUGUUUUCAACAUCAUCUUCUGGCUGGCAGGGGCAGGGGUGCUUCUCAUUGGGAUUUGGACGCUGAACGAGAAGAGAGAGUACCUGAGCCUGCUGCCUUCCAGCACGUUUGCCGUCUCUGCCUGUAUCCUCGUCUUCGCUGGAUGCCUUGUCAUCGUCACCGGAUUCCUCGGCUGCUGUGCGGUCGUUCGGGAGCAGAAGUCUGCUCUCCUAGCAUACUUUUCUUCGCUCUUGCUAAUCUUCCUGAUUGAGUUGGUGGCGGGCGUGCUUGCUUGCAUUUAUUAUCAAAGGUUGAGCGGUGAGCUGACGCAGCACCUGAACAGGGCGAUGCUGGAGCGUUAUGGUGAGCCGGCCGAACACAGUGUCACCCGUUCCAUCGACCGGCUCCAGCAACACUUCAAGUGUUGUGGCAGCAACAACGCAACUGACUGGCAGGACAGUGCCUACAUCCUCUCACCGGCAUCCGAUAACAGGCUGGUGCCUGACAGCUGCUGCAAGACUGUGACGGAGGCCUGCGGGAGUAGAGACCACCCCUCCAACAUCUACAAGGUGGAGGGUGGAUGUCUCACAGUCCUGGAGCAAGUGUUGGUAGAUCACCUGCUGAUCAUGGGAGCGGUUGGCAUUGGCGUGGCCUGCUUACAGCUGAUCGGAGCCGUGACCACUGCGUGUUUCAUCUGUGUGCUCAUCAAAGAGGAGGAGGGAGGUUUCCAGAAUGUGAGGCAGGAGGAGACCUGGUGUUUACCUGAGAACCAGUCAGUCCUCGCCGCCGGUCACCCGCGGGAGCUGCCUGCCGGCAUGAAGCACUUAACCAGCGGCAGCACUGAGAUCUACCCUGGUGAAUACUUUGACAGCCUUUCUCACGAGGUGGAGCGGAUCCAGUUGCCGAGCGGAUCCAGCGGUUGUGAGCGGAUCCAGAGGUUAGGAGCGCAUCCAGUUGUUGAGUGGAUCCAGAGGUUUGGAGCGGAUCCAGUUGCGAGCAGAUCCAGAGGUGGAGCGGAUCUAGUUGCCGAGCGGAUCGAGCGGCUAGGUGGAGCGGAUCCAGUUGUGAGCGGAUCCAGCGGUUGUGAGCGGAUCCAGAGGUUGAGAGCGAAUCCAGUUGUCGAGCGGAUCCAGAGGUUUGGAGCGGAUCCAGUUGCGAGCAGAUCCAGAGGUGGAGCGGAUCUAGUUGCCGAGCGGAUCGAGCGGUUCUCCCCUCCCCCUUCCCCGACCUUCACCCACUCGGUGCUUGACCAGGUGGCUGCAGAAAGGGGCAGUUGCUCGGAGGACGGUGACCGGGUGUCCAUCCCCCAGUGGCCUGUAUCUGCAGCUGGGGUCUGCAACGAUUGUAUCAAAACCAUGGCUGCACCACUGGACCCAUGGCUGCACCACUGGACCACUGCUCCACCACUGGACCAUGGCCAGACCAUGGCUCCACCACUGGACCAUCACUGGACCAUGGCUGCACUGCUGGACCCAUGGCCGCACCACUGGACCACUGCUACAGCACUGGAUUAUCACCAGACCAUGGCCACACCACUGGACCCACUGCCAGACCAUGGCUGCACCACUGGACCAUGGCCGCACCACUGGACCGCCGCUCCACUGCUGGACCCAUGGCCGUACCACUGGACCACUGCUCCACCAUUGGACCCACCGCCAGACUAUGGCUCCACCACUGGACUAUCACCAGACCAUGGCCGCACCACUGGACCAUCACCAGACCAUGGCCGCUCCGCUGGACCCAUGGCCAGACCAUGGCCUCACCGCUGGACCCAUGGCCAGACCAUGGAAACACUGAACCACUACAGGACCCAUUGCCAGACUAUGACAGGACCACCACUGGACUACCGCAGGUCAAGCACUCAAACACUGGACCUGGGCCACACCACCACAGAACCAUGGCUGGACCACUGGAUCACCACCGCUCCACCGGCAGACCACUACACCAUGGCCAGACCGCCACUAGACCUUGGCCAGAUGACCAUGGCCAUUCUGAGCUGGGCUGGGUGUAGGGAAUUUGGUUCAGAUGCACUGGCUGGCAAGUAUACACAACAACGGUCCCUGGGAACGUUUGAAGAGCUGGCAAUGGUAUGUGGCUUGGAUGGAUAUCAGUUACAGUUACCGGAAUGUAUCGGGCAGCCUGCUAUUUGCUCGCUGGUUCUGCUUGUGAUCACUGUUAUCAAGAAGGACAUGGAGAAGUCGAGCAGUGAGGACUCGUCUCUGCACCGCAGCCCGUCCCUGGAGAGCAGGGGCACCGGCCCCCGGGCCGCCCCCGGCCCCGGCCCCGGCCCCCCGCUCACCGGGGGCUUCACCGCCGCCGCCUUCUACGGCGACUCCCGGCCAGGCCGGCGUGGGCCGGUGGAGCUGGGGCUGAGGGAUGAUCGCUACUCCGCCCCCCGGGGCAGCAAGUACGUGGUCUUUUACCUGGACGUCUCCUUUCUCUUCCUCCUAGAGUUCCACAGGUGCAGCAUGGCGGCCGGGUGUCUAUGUUGCCUCAAGUACCUGAUGUUCGUCUUCAACCUCGUCUUCUGGCCUCGAUGGUCUUCCUGUUUUUGCUGCCUACAGGUGGCAGACUAUGCCCGGGAGGACCUGAAGGCCGGGCUGGAGUUCUACGGCAAAGAGGGCAACAUCGGACUCACCAACGCCUGGAACAUCAUUCAGACCGAGUACACGUGCUGUGGGGUGGACAACUCGACGGACUGGAACCGCGUCAUGGGAGAUAACCUUGUUCCCGACUCCUGCUGCCAGGAGUACAGUCAGAAGUGUGGACAGCACGACCCCAGCAAGUGGUUCAGCAAGGGCUGCUACGACAAGAUCAAGGCCUUCAUCGAGCAGCAGACGGUGGUUCUGGGAUCGGUCGCUAUGACCGUCGUGGUGAUCCAGAUUCUGGGCAUGGCGUUCUCGAUGACUUUGUUUCACCAGAUCUCCAAAGGUGGUAAAAAGUACAAGGCCUAGUCUUGGUGUGGGAAUGGGUCACUGUCCCGCCGGCUCUUCCACCACCAGUCACCCACCGCCCCUCCACGCCCGACUCCUGCUGCAGCCUCUUCACCAGGGAGCAUUCCUUCUCUUUUGCCAAAGAAAAUUAAAGUACUAAACCCUG